GAGCAGAGCAUUAUAAGGCACAGUCCUCUCUGCUGCAGGACAGAGAACAGCAGAACUAGCUCCGAGGAUACAACGAAUAAUAUCUGCACACACAGCAGCUGCAAGGUGAACUCCUGUCUGUGCUGUUUACAAAUUCCAUAAAAUAGAAGAUGAAGCUCAUCCUUGUCUUGGCGUUUGCAUCUGUGUUUAUUACUGGAUUAGAAUCGACUUUUCAUAAACACCGCCAAAGACCAAAGAACAAUGAAAGUAAAGAAUGCACUUGCUUACAUGGAGGAACUUGCUUACAGUAUGGCACUUACAGAAUAUUGUAUAGAUGUAUAUGCCCCAUAGGAUAUACUGGAAAACACUGCGAAACAGACUUGAUUUCCACGUGUUACAAAGGCAAUGGUUAUGAUUAUAGAGGCAUGUCAUCACAAACCAGCAGCGAUGCUGAAUGUCUGCCCUGGGAUUCUCCGCUACUUAAAUAUCACCAAGUAAAUGCUCACAUGAAGGAUGCAUUAAAGCUUGGGAUAGGGAAGCACAACUACUGCAGGAACCCCCACAAUGGAUUAAGACCUUGGUGUUAUUUCAAAGGCCCAAAAGGAGUUGCCAGUAUGUUAUGCAAGAUCCCCAAAUGUGAAGAGAAUGAAAACACAGAACCCACCUGUGGCCGGCGUCAGCAUAAGUUGUAUAAAGUAGUGGGAGGUAUGAACAGCCCUAUUGAAUCACAACCAUGGAUAGCCUCACUUUACCAGAUCAAUAGGAGAAACAGAAACCAGCCAUUCUUCCAAUGUGGAGCCAGUCUUAUACACCCCUGCUGGGCUCUUACUGCAGCACACUGCUUUCCGGAUAGUGAUUUUCUUGAACCAAAGGACUAUACAGUUAUUUUAGGAAAAUCACAUCUUGAGGAAGAAAAUGAAUACAGGGAGCAAAGAUUUCUGGUGGAGAAAAUAAUUCGUCAUCAGGACUACAGUGAUAAGACAGGCGCAUUGAACAAUGAUAUUGCAUUGGUGAAGAUUCAUUCCGAGUCAGGACAAUGUGCUUCCAUGACAGACUACGUGCAAACUGUCUGCCUGCCAAAUACUGAUCUGAAAUUUGAAGAAGGGACGCACUGUGAGAUUGCUGGGUUUGGAAAAGAGACAUAUGAUAGCCAUAGAUUCUCUCAAACUCUGAAGUCCACAUCAGUUCAACUUAUAUCACAGGAAACUUGUCAGUCACCAGAUUACUAUGGGAAGCUUAUCAACAACAAUAUGCUUUGUGCUGGAGACCCCAAGUGGAAGGUUGAUGCUUGCAAGGGAGACUCUGGUGGCCCUCUUAUCUGUCAGCAGAAUGGGAAAAUGGUGUUGUAUGGUGUAAUAAGCUGGGGGGAAGGGUGUGCCAAGAAGAACAAGCCUGGAGUGUACACUCGAGUCACAAACUACAUGCAGUGGAUACAGGACAACAUGGCUGAAGCUAACAAUAUUCACAAAGUAGAACCAAUUUCAAGAGAAGCCAAAUGACAUACCAGUAUGUUUUGGACUGGGGAAAGAAACAAAGACAGCCCUCAGAAAAGCCAAGCAUACAAAGGGGAGCCCCGACAAACUCCAUGUAAAUGUCCUUAUACUG